CCUCCAGGGAUCUUGCUAAUCCAUAGGUAUCGGUAUUACUGGAACCGGUAUCGGAAACUUCGGGUCGGCCCAACAGCAACAGCUCUUGGAGGCAUACUUUCCUUCACUCACAAUGCACUGGGGUGGGAAAGAGACAUCGACAACUUCGUACAUUCUCGACCUGAACGGAAUCACCUUUGCGGUACAGCUUUGUAUCUUGCUUAUCAUCGGACCUUACGCCGACUAUGGUACUUGGAGACCGUACAUCCUGAUGUUCAUCAACUCGCUUGGUAUCAUUGUCGAAGUUAUUGAGGCCCUACUCGACAAACCCAGGCUAUGGCAGGCCAACUCAGCCAUGUACGUGUUGGGAACAGUCUGCUUCAAUUGCUGUGUGGCGUUCUUCAACGGUGCUUUCCCGGGUAUCGUCCGUGACCUGCCUGAGAUGAUCGAGUCGGAACAACAAGUCUUGCUUGGACAGAAAACUGCCGAGGAACACGACCAAGCCAUCAUGAUGGAACGUUCUCGCAUCAACAACCGUCUUCAAGCCUGCUCUUCGCUCGGUGUUGCGAUCUGCAUCGGCAUUGGCAUUGGUAUCUCCCAAGGCAUUGGCAGUGCGACCCCCCAGAAGCAGUACGAGCAGUACGCCGCCAUCAUUGGAUUCUUCGCCGCCAUCUGGUUGCUCGUCAGUAUCCCGUACUUUGUGUGCCAGAAAUUCCGACCGGGACAGAAGCUUCCCGAUGGCACCAAAUGGUAUCUUGCCGGACCGACUCAGGUGUGGCAGGCGGCCAAGACCAUCCGAUACCUCAAGCACACCUUCUUCUGGAUCUUUGGCUAUUUCUUGAUCGUCGAUUGCUAUUCUACGACUGGCUCGAUCGUCAACAUUUUACAGAACAACGCCAUUUCUUUCUCCGCUCUCGAAUACUCUGGUCUCUUCUUGGUCGUCUACGGCACUUCCUUCAUCGGUUACGUGGCAAUGGACUUCAUCCAGCGCAGGUUCGGCAUUCCUCCCAAGUACAUGUUCCUGUGGACCUCUGUAUGGAUCGUUUUCAUGUGUCUCUGGGGUGUCAUUGGUAUCUGGACCACCAAGAUUGGUUUCCACAACGAAUGGGAGUUCUGGUUCUACCAAGGUUUCCUUGGUCUCAUGACACCCGGUCUUUUCUCUUACGCUCCUGUCAUCCUUGCCGAGGUUGCUCCCGCUCCCAAAGUGUACCUGUUCUUCGCAUUGAUGAAUUCUGUAUCCCAGACUUCCACCUUCAUCGGGCCCUUCAUCUGCGGUGCAAUCAUUAACCGAGCCAACGGUAACACCAAUUACGCGUUCUGGUUCACUUUCCUUACUGGACUCAUCGGUAUCGCUUGCGUUGCUCUACUCAGUGUUCCCAAGGCAAAGAGGGACUGUCUUAUUUACCUCGAGAAGGAGAGUGAGGAUCUGUAUCACGGAAGGCAUGACGAGAAUGCGCAGGAGGACAACGUUGUAACUGAAGCUUGAAGUGGCUGCAGGCAGUUAGUCGGGCUUCACCCUUGCGAAUGGCGAUAUCAGUAGUAUGCAUCAGG